CAGCAAGGUACAAAUGAAGUCAGCUGUAGGUUCUAAAAUGGCGAUCAACAAAGAGAAUUGACAAGAUUUUUUAUAAAUUUUCCUCGUAAUUCCUUAAGAAUGUGUCAAAGUUAACAAUAAACAGUGAAAAAACAAAGAUGCCGUAUCUUACAAGUUUCAAUGGCUCAGUCUUGGUAGAUUUCUGGACCACGCCCAGACCUCUGCACGUCUCUAGUUUUGUUCUCAGUUCAUAAAUUAAUGAACAUGAUAAAACGAGUGUAGGAUGACGGUGUGUCCUGUGUGCAGGGUUGAGGUUGUUAAUCUCGUCUCACAUAUUGAGAUUCACACUAAAUCCGAUAUUGUCGGUGCUCUCAUCAACCAGGAGACACAGAGAUGUCUGGGAUCAAAUUCAUUAGAUGCAGCCCUGGAUAUCCAAGCUCCAGGUGGGUCGGAGAGUAGAGAAGAUGGAGAGGAUAAUCAUAAUGGACCAAUACAUAUUCAGAGAACCCUGAACAACUUUAGUAUUAUUAAUAACAUUAAUCCUCAGUUUAUUCCUCCAUCAUCAACUCUAGUGUCAGGAACCUCAAGCUUUGCCCAACAAUCCUCAUCCAAUAUCCUUCAUCAUGAAAACUCAAAUUUAAUUCAACCCGGAUCCUCCAGUGUGGAAUCAGCUGGAACAUCUGGUAUCCUUCUCCCUGGAACCUCGAAUAUAAUCCAACCAGGGAACCUUAAACCUGCGUUCCAACCAUCUGUAAUGGUUCCCUCAAUGAUUGGAAACCAUAUGGUUUGUGGUGGAAUACUGCCGGUAAAUGUGAUGGGUAGUUUAUCUAGUACUCCUCUACUUUUCCCUCAGGUGAAUGGUCCUACACUUCUGAUCAAUGUACCCAGCUACUUCUCCUACCAGGGGAUCCAGGGCAUGCCGGGGAUGAUGGUGCCAAGCUUCUACGGAAACCAGAUCGCCACAGCCAACAGCAACACAUCCUUAUCCUAUGUCGUUGUUCCGUCGUCCACUACAACAACAGCUGUUUUGUCUGAAGUAAAAGUAUCAUCUGCCCAGGACAGUUCUCCUGCUGUAACUGCGUCUGUGUCAAGUGCUGUAACAGCACCAGUUGUUACUCCAAUGGAAGUUGAGGAAGACGAGGAUCCUGUUGAAGAUACUUCUGAUGAUCUUUCCGACGAAGGAGAAAAUGAAGAGGAUGGCAGUGAACCUGUAAAAGUAGGAAAUGUUCGACCAACCACUGUACGAUCCCCUUCUCCCAUCCCUGGUCCUAGCGAUAUCACAUCUAAGGUUACUAUUCUCUCUUCAAUUCUAGCCAAGAACCUUUCUCCAGAGAAGAGUAAAGAUACCAAACAAGAAACAAGUAUUCAACAAUCUGUAAUUAGUCACAUGGAUUCCUCUAGGCUGUUUAGAACUGGAAAAGACGUCCCUAUUAGCCAACCUUGGUCCGUGAGCUCGGUUCAGGAUAGUCUGCUACCUAGAGCUGAACUCCAAGAAAGGAUACCACCCGUAGAAGACGAGGACGAGGAGAAAGAGAAAUUAAAUCAAGAGAAAACUGAACUUCCUCAACUUAAUAUAAACUUUCAAGAUAUGUUUCCAGCACAUCUUUCUGGACCUUCAUCCAGUUCUGGUAGAGCUAGACCGGCAACAUCAUCUGUGAUAGUUAGUCUUAAUUCUGUGUCAGAACAGUCAGAACCUAUUCCAGGUAAACCCUUAUCUCCAGGUGGUCCAACUACCAUAAAUACAGUUGAAGCUCUCCACUCUGCUCUAGCUUGUGAUUCUGAUGUUCAGUUGGUUGUAUCCAACCAGCUCAUGGAGACACCGGAGUUCAAGGCGUUGAUGCAGGAUAUGGAGCAUUCAUCCAUCCUGGACCAAACCUCGGUCCCCGCCUCCUCUGUACGCACUCCAGUAGAGAACCCUGACCUAGAUUUCACUAGCCACGAGAGUGUGAGCACAAGCUUUUCCUCGGAGUCAACCAGAGAUCAAUUCGAUCAUCCUCAACACAUCCUUUCAUUCCCACCUCCAUCAGAGGACGAUUUAACCCUUCAGGAUCUGAUUGCAGUUGAGACGAUUGACGAAUCUCGAAUGCCCGAGGACGACGAUAUCUCCUGGACUGGUCAACUGUCCGCCGACUCAUUUCAGUAUAUUUCUAAUAUUAUUGAAAACAAUAAACCCGACGAAUUGUUUAAAUGUGACAAAUGUGGACUCCACUACGGAUCCCUGUGCGAGUACAAGGAUCACUCUGUUGUGUGUCAUGUUUACAGGAAGGAUAUGAUAACCAAGACUAAGAAACAAACCAUGUUCCCUGAUCUCCGGAUUCCUCCAAGUUCAACUAUAACUAGCAGAGCACAAACCUUCUAUACCCAUGUAAAGCUUGAGCCCCCAGAGCACUUUAGAUUAGUCAAAUCCGAGCUUACAGUAGCAAACCAGGAUCCUCUAGCUGCUUCAACAAAUCAUUGGAAAUGCGCCCAAUGUAAGAACGUUUUUGACUCUGGACCAAGUCUACUCAGACACCUGGAUGAAAUCAAGGCAGCUAAGAUCAAGUGUCUGAGCUGUCACAAGGUGUUCCUGGAGAAAGAUGCUCUCGUAGAGCACAGUAAUCUAGCACACCCUAAGAAGUUGGUUAAGCUGAAGAGGGACCCGGAGCAGAGUAUUGAUGAUUAUCUGAAAAAUCUUCUUCCAAACGAGAUGGGAGAGUUCUCUUGUGAUAGGUGUGAUCGAGCGUUUGGAGAAAAGAGCAUGUUGCUUAAACACAUGACUUGCCACUUCAAUGCUAAACCUUUUGAAUGUUUAGAAUGCGGGAAAAGAUUUGCAAAACUAACCUUGAUGAAAGAACACACAAAAAGGCAUUUUGAACCCAAGAAGUACGCAUGCUUGUAUUGUGAGAAAACGUUCUUUGUUCCCGGAAAGUUGAAAGAACACAUGAGAAUUCAUACUGGCGAAGCCCCAUUGAAGUGUGAUAUAUGCAGCCGAGGAUUUAAACGUCACAGUAAUUUGUCAGAGCACAAAAGAACCCACUACCCGAGCGAGGUGAAACCUGCGAAGGAGUUGUUCUGUCCAACCUGCGGAGAGCAGUUUAAAACUAAAAGAGAACUAGACUGGCACGUGGAGGAGGUUCAUGAAAGGGUUCCGAAGAAAUGUCGGUUUUGUGGAGAUUGUUUUGUUCACUCUAGUUCCCUUACUCGGCAUAUCAGAUUGAAACAUGAAAAUAAUUUCCGCCCUGAAAAGAAGAAUGCGAGCCUGUACUCCAACUGUCCCAUUUGUGAUCUGGUUUUUAACAAGACCUCAAUUAACAAACAUAUCAGAGUGGUUCAUCGGCAUGAGAGAAAUUUUCCUUGUGAGAUUUGUAAGAAACUGUUCGUCUCUAAGAGUAAUCUGGAAAGUCACAUGUGGCAGCAUAAAAACAAACGACAGAGACCGUUCAAGUGUACACAAUGCAAUAAGGCAUUUUUACGGAACAAUCAGUUGGUUGCUCAUCAGAGAACCCAUCAGGGGAUCAAACCAUUUGUAUGUAACGAGUGCGGGGUUCAGUUCACCAUGAAAACUAAUUAUAAACGACAUGUGGAGGAGCAUUCAGGCACCAGAAAUUUCUCCUGUACAGUUUGUACUAAAACGUUUACUAGAAGUUACUAUCUAACAGAUCACAUGAAGGUUCACAGCGGGGAAAAGCCCUACAUCUGUGGUAUCUGUGGUAAAACUGCGGCAACAAGAUCAAACUACAACAGCCAUCUGAAGACCCACGCUACCAGGGAACCUGUUAACUCUGAGGUUUAAAUCAAUCAAUCAAUCAAUCCACAAUAAUUGACAAUAAAGUGAUACUGGCUCCGACGCGAAUACUAAAUGAAUUUGAAACAAUGUGAAAAGUAUUCGUGAGAAGGAUUUGAUCUCUAUUCUCUAGUUGUAAUUUAUUAUCAUCUACUAUGUUUAUGUUUAUGUACAGAUCCUCAUACACGUACCAUCCUAACCACUGUACAUACAGUGGGACCUAUAAAACUGUGGAAUAGGAAUAGAUUUUAAACAGUCUAAUUGACGUCAAGUACUAUUGUACUAUGAACACUGUACAGUGAGUCACUGAGUGUAUACUUAAUAUUCUGUUUUAAAGCUAUUGCGUUAUAAGAUUAGCUAAUCGUCGUUUUCAUAUUCCAAAGUUUUAUGGGUCUCACUGUACCUAAUCCCGAAAAUUUAUUUAAUUUUUAGCAAAUUCAACCAUUUUGUGAUCAUGGAGAUAUGAGUUGUAAUGUAUAUUGUAUAGUUCAUCUCUUUAUCGACUAGUUAAUGUUAGAUUAAGAAUUUGUAUAAAUCCGUUGUAAUCAAUCCGCUUGAAGGGGGGGGGGGGGGUAUUUUGUCCAUUUUAAAAUCGUUGCAUGGAUUCAUGCAUUAAGACGAUAGGUACUACAUUAGACUUCUUGUUAUGAUCAGAGAACAUAUUUUUGAAGGAAAAUAUUGCAAAACCAAGCUGUUUAAAACCUUCCUUCGUAAUUCAUCAAUAUUUCUUUUUAAAUCAUUUCCCAGAAUUGAUUCGUGAUAAUCGAUAAUUCAUUAAUUCGGACAAUUAUUUAGAUUAUUUUAUUGCAAAAUACUUAUCCUUUGAGUUAAUUGCGAUUAUAAAUAUAGACUUAAAUUCUAUCAUUUUUGUAACUUUUAGACCUUAUUUUUGUCGAAUCUGCAUUUGUUUUUUAUUUUGUAAAUGUUUUUUAUUGUAACGGAUUUGAGGGAAUUUGAGAGGGGUUAUUUACAUGUUAAGCUAAAUUUCCAUUAGUUGUAAUUAACAAAUUGAAAUAAAUUUGUAAUGGAU